AUGAAAAAUUCCCUCUACAAAACACUCGCCCACUACCUCCCACUGGCCGGUAACCUUAUCUUUCACUGGAGCUCCGACAUUCCCGAAUUACACGCUACUCUCAAGGGGGCUCCAUUCGGACGAACACUGGAUUUUGGGAGACGCGAUUCGAGGAAGAGUAGUCUCGCCGGAAAGCUUUCGAGUUCAUCAGACCUAUGUUUCCAGAAUUUGGCGGCGACAUUUGUCAAUGCAUUUGUAAAUACUGGUUUUGGCCAGGAUAAGUUGAUGACUGUUCCAUCUGAAGCUUCCAUUGGUGGUGGUUCUUCCACUAGCUGGCUCUUUAAGAACAAGGAACAUGGAAAGGCCAGUGCUGCAGCAAGUUUGGGCAUGAUUCAUCUUUGGGAUGAGGACUCUGGCCUUGCUCAACUGGACAAAUAUUUCCACAGUACUGAUUCACAUGUCACUGCUGGUGCUUUACUAGGAGUUGGAAUUGUGAACUGCAAUGUCCAGAAUGAAUGUGAUCCUGGUAAGGUCUGCGUACAACUGACCCCCCAACCUGUUGGGAAUAUACUGGGCUUUAGCACUUUUGGCAGAGUAUGUGGACAGAGAAGACACUUCUGUGCAAUAAUGGGCCUAGGUCUUGCAUAUGCGGUUUCUAAGGAUGCGCAAGUUAGCAUUUUAUUAAUGCCUCUACUUGGGGAUGGAAAGUCAUCUCUAGAUGUGAUUGCAUUUGCAGCAAUCUCUUUGGAUUUGUAUGGUGAGCAUAACAUUAGGAGGGCUGUUCCCUUGGCCCUUGGUCUGCUUUGCAUAUCAAACCCCAAGGUCAAUGUCAUGGAUGUUGAAAAAAGUGUAAGGGGCGGUUGUUAG